UUAUCAUAUAUCGUAUAUCGUGAUUAUGUGGGAUUAGCACCUGCUUCUCUCCUUCAAAUGACCCCAUUAAUGAGCUUCUCCUUCUCUCACUUUCAUCAAACCAAUCGAAUUUGUUUACCGAAAGAGGAAAAAAAGACAGGAAAUUUUUUUAAACGUAUAAUUCACUCUUGCGUAAUUGCAUGUCAUAUACAUGUUGAAUGUCAAAGUCUUUCAUCUCUCUCUGUGGAAAGACUAAAGAGGGCCCUUUUCUCGUUGAACAUUUUUUUUUUCUUUUUCCAGUCGCAGUGUUGAAAUUGAACCCCUUCUCUGGGUUCUUUGAUCUCUAGUGUCAUUAAAAUGCUAAAGAAUUUCUGGUUCAUUUCAGUAAUAUAUCUCUAGCUCUGAAAUCAUUUUUGCUUGAAUAGGGUAACAACUUUUUAAAGCCAUUUUAUUUGAUGGCUUUGUUAGGGCAUGUGCUGCUGAGCAAACAACAUCUAGACAUUUAUAUUGGCAGUGUCCUCUUGUUGUUGCUGCUUAGUAAUUGUAGCUUCAGCUUUGGUGUUGAGAGCGACAUCAACUGCUUGAAAAGUAUAAAAGCAUCACUUGAGGACACUUUGGGGUACUUAAACUCUUCAUGGGAUUUCAGCAACAACACUGAAGGCUUCAUCUGCAACUUUCUUGGGAUCGAGUGUUGGCACCCUCACGAGAGCAAGGUUCUGAACAUCAAGCUUUCGGACCUGGGACUAAAAGGUCAGUUCCCUCGGGGCGUAGAAAAUUGUACAAGCUUAACAGGUUUAGAUCUUUCAAGCAACAUGCUCAGUGGACAUCUUCCUAAUGAUAUCGAUGAAUUUCUUUCGUUUGUUACGUCUCUUGAUCUCUCUUCCAACAGCUUCUCAGGGCUGACCCCGCUAAAGCUUUUCAACUGUACAUAUAUGAAUGUGCUCAAGCUUGAUAACAACCACCUAUCGGGUAACAUUCCGGCAGAAGCUAACCAGCUAACGAGGCUUAAAACUUUUAGUGUGGCCAACAAUGCUCUGUCUGGCGAAGUCCCAUCAUUCAAUACUACAUCAAUUACAGCGGAUAGUUAUGCAAACAAUCCCGAACUCUGUGGCCACCCGCUCAAGUCUUGCCAAAAGAAGUCCAAGAGUGUGGUUAGGGUUUUCAUGUCCAAUGACGGAAAUAUUAUGGUGGCAGCAGCUGAUGAAUUCCACCAGCUUGGUACUCUAACUCUAACGUCAUCAAAUCCCCUAGAGGUUUAUAGAUGA